UUCACAGUGUUUCUAAAUAUCCAUAAAAUCAAAAACUCGGGCGAGCCGAUUUUUCACAUUAGACCCGUUAGCAUUCAGUGAGGAUCGAGGACACUGUGUGCACAUACAGGAUUCUAAAUUUCUAAUAUGUUUAAUUCAUCACUGAAAUGAAACUCUCAUUUUUCAAUCCAUGCGUUUCAAACAUCUACACACCACCACCUUACGCUCGUUCCAUAACAGAACAACAACCCAUGCUCAGAGUGCAAAACCUCCGCGUCAGAAUAUUAGGGACUUCUUCGAACCACCCACCGAUCAGUCAAAGCCCAGAAGCAGCAACAGAUUUACCGACUCCGACAUAGUCAAAUGCAACAUCGCCAUCACCAAUCACAUGCGCAGCGGCCAAUGCGAACAGGCACUGCGCCUGUUCAACUCAAUGCCUCGCAGAACUACUGUGUCCUACAACACUAUGAUUUCUGGGUACUUGUCGAACGGCAGCUUUAAGCUCGCCCAGAAGCUGUUUGAUGAAAUGUCUCUGAAGGAGUUGGUCACUUGCAAUAUAAUGAUCAGCGGGCAUAUAAGGAACAAGAAUCUAGGUGCUGCGAGGAAGCUGUUUGAUGAAAUGCCUGUGAAGGAUGUUGUUUCGUGGAAUGCGAUGUUGUCCGGUUAUGCGCAGAAUGGGUUCGUGGAUGAGGCGAGGAGAGUUUUCGAUUCGAUGCCGGUGAAGAAUGAGAUAUCCUGGAAUGGGAUUCUUUCCGCUUAUGUUCAAAAUGGGAAGAUUGAUGAGGCAAGGGCAUUGUUUCAGAGUAAAGACCACUGGGCGGUGAUUUCUUGGAAUUGUUUGAUGGGUGGGUACUUAAAGCAGAAGAGAUUGGUCGAGGCGAGGCAGAUUUUUGACAGCAUGCCUGUUAAGGAUGAGGUAUCGUGGAAUACUAUGAUUACAUGCUAUGCUCAAAAUGGGAAAAUGGAAGAAGCAAGAAAGUUAUUCGAACAAUCUCCAAUUCAAGAUGUGUUUGCAUGGACGGCAAUUGUAUCGGGUUACAUACAAAACGGGCAGUUAGAUGAAGCCAGGAGAAUUUUCGACGAGAUGCCACAGAAGAAUAUUGUUUCGUGGAAUGCAAUGAUUGCAGGGUACGUACAGAGCAAGAACAUGGAUUUGGCUGGAGAGCUGUUUGAGGAAAUGCCUUGUAGAAAUAUCAGUUCUUGGAACACAAUGAUAACUGGUUAUGCUCAAAACGAAGAUAUCGCUCGAGCAAGGAACUUAUUUGAUAGAAUGCCAAAUCGGGAUUGUAUUUCUUGGGCGGCAAUCAUAUCCGGAUAUGCUCAGAUUGGUGAUAGUGAGGAGGCAUUGCAAAUGUUUAUCGAAAUGAAGAGAGAUGGUGAGAGGUUAAAUAGGUCUGCAUUUACUUGUGUUUUGAGCACGUGUGCUGAUAUUGCUGCUUUUGAGCUUGGCAAGCAAAUACAUGGGCAUGUUGUUAAAGCAGGUUAUGAGUUUGGCUGCUUCGUGGGCAAUGCUCUUCUUGCUAUGUAUUGUAGAUGUGGAAGCAUCGAUGAGGCGCAAGAAGUGUUCAAGAGAAUCGAGGAUAAGGAUGUCGUCUCGUGGAACACAAUCAUAAUUGGUUAUGCAAGACAUGGUUUUGGAAAAGAAGCCCUCGCACAUUUCGAAUUGAUGAAACAAGCCCGUAUUCAACCUGAUGAAGUUACCAUGGUUGGUGUUCUAUCAGCAUGUAGCCACACUGGCUUGGUAGACAGGGGAAAACACUACUUUGAUUCCAUGACCAAAGACUACGGCAUAGGACCAAACUCAAAGCACUACACAUGCAUGAUCGAUCUCCUCGGCAGAGCGGGCCGCCUAAACGACGCACAAACCCUAAUGACGAAAAUGCCCUUCGAGCCCGACGCAGCAACAUGGGGAGCUCUCCUCGGAGCCAGCAGAAUCCACGGAAACACAGCCUUGGGAGAAAAAGCCGCCGAAAUGAUCUUCGCAUUAGAGCCAUGGAAUUCCGGUAUGUACGUACUUCUCUCAAACUUAUACGCAUCAUCCGGAAGAUGGUCCGAUGCUAAUAAAUUGAGAUUGAAAAUGAGGGAUAAGGGUGUGAGUAAAGUGCCCGGGUAUAGCUGGGUGGAAGUUGGAAACAAGAUUCACACUUUUUCGGUGGGUGAUUUGAGCCAUGCUGACAGUGAGAGAAUAUAUGCGUUUUUGGAGGAGAUGGAUUUGAGGAUGAGAGGGGAAGGUUAUGUAUCGGCCACGAAGUUGGUUCUGCAUGAUGUGGAGGAAGAGGAGAAGCAGAAUAUGCUUAGGUACCAUAGCGAGAAAUUGGCGGUUGCGUAUGGGAUUAUGGAAGUGCCGAAUGGGAGGGCGGUUAGGGUUUUCAAGAACUUGAGGGUUUGUGAGGAUUGUCACACGGCGGUCAAGCUUAUGGCUAAGAUUGUCGGGAGAUUGAUUAUCCUGCGUGACCCGAACCGUUUUCACCAUUUCGAGGGAGGUGUGUGUAAUUGUGGAGACUAUUGGUGAUGGCAAAAUCACGAGAAUGGGUUAUGAUGGUUCCAUCCAAACAAGGCCUGUUUAACAACAUUUGUUUCUUCAGGUGAAAAUAACUUUUGGGUAUGUAAUUGUGGGGACUAUUGUUUUCAUGCACGAAAACAAAGUUCAUUUUGACGAAAGUUAAUGUUUGUGGCCAUUUUUUACUAAUUUUUAGAGUAGAUAUGUUUACAUUUCUUACGAAGUUUAUUAGAUUCGUGGCCAUUUUUUUUUUA